GUGCCGUGCCCUGCCCAGAUGAUGAUCGCGCUGUCGUCCCACAUUGGGGCGCUGGAGGCUGAGAAGCAGAAGCUGCGGGCGCAGGUGAAGAGGCUUUGCCAGGAGAACCUGUGGCUGCGGGAGGAGCUGGCGGGGACCCAGCUGCGGUUGCAGCAGAGUGAAGAGAUGGUGGCACAGCUGGAGGAGGAGAAGAAACACCUGGAGUUCAUGAACCAGCUGAAGCAGUAUGACACCAAGGAGGAGCAGCCAGAAAAGGACGACGCCCAGAAGCGGAAGGAUAGCCUGGCCUCCCUGUUUGCCAACGACGAGGAUGAGCAGCGGCAGGGUACGUGCCGGCGGGGGCCCCAGGCAGGGGGGCUGUGGGGUGUGGGCUGUAGGCUGUUGGUUUGCGCCUGGCUCACUGCCCCUCAGCUCUGUGAGUGCACCCCAGGCUUCCUGCUGUCCGUCCAGGUGCUGACCCAGUGGGUCCAACGGGCUCAGCCCCGCGGUUCUGGUAGUGCGACAGCAGCGACCCGGCGCCUGCUCCCACCAGCGAGGUUUAAUG